UGCACUUUUCAAAAAAAAAAAAAAAUAAUAAGAAUAGUGCAACUUUAUUUCAAAAAAGAAAAAAUAUUAUUACAAAAUAUAUACAAUAAACUCUAUCAGUUGUGAAGAUCAAUUUCUUCUCAUUGUUCACAAAUUUUAUCCACAAGUGAUGAUGAUGCAAAUACGUUUCACAUCCUAAAGAUGGCUAUGGCUGAUAAUAAUCAACCCCCCACCAUCUCUUAUUCACAGAAAAAAUAUGAUGUUUUCAUCAGUUUUAGAGGAGAAGAUACUCGCACUAAUUUUACAAGUCAUCUCCAUAAAGCACUUAAGGAUGGAGGUAUUCAAACAUACAUUGAUGAGUACAAACUGGAGCGAGGGCAAGUGAUUUCGAAAGCUCUCUUGGAAGCCAUCGAAGACUCUAAAAUUUCAAUAGUUGUUUUCUCAAAAGACUAUGCAUCUUCGUCGUGGUGCUUGGCUGAACUGGCGCAUAUUAUCCAAUGUGUGGAGAGGAACACACAAAUUGUUGUGCCUGUGUUUUACCAUGUUGAGCCCAGUGAUGUUCGCAAACAAAAAGGAAGUUAUGCAGAAGCCUUCGAGAAACAUGAUAGUUGUCACGAUGAUGCUACCAUACGAAAAUGGAGAGACGCUUUAACUAAAGCAGCUAAUCAUAAAGGAUGGCAUGUAUCCAAUUCCAGUAAUGAAGCUCAGGUGGUUCAUGAUAUUUUCGACUUUGUACGAAAAGAAUUAAGAUCCAUAUCUCCAUCUCAUCAUUAUUCAAAGCUUGGCUUUGUUGGAAUUGAGGAGUCGAUUGCAGAUGUCAAGAAACUAUUGUCAAACUCUGUGUUAAUUCCAUUUUUGGCAUAUUUAAUUGACAAAAAUAUUUUAUUAUUUAAUGUAUAUUUCGGCUGGCAUAUAUUGAUAUGGUUUCCAUAUUUGUGUAAAUCAAACUUGAAAGGAAAGUUGUCUAGCUUUCCUAUUUUUGGAAAAAAGGUAAAAAUGGUAAGUUUGGUUACCCAUUUCGUUUUUAUCUAACCAGCUGUGUAAUCUGAUCUUGUGUUGAGUUUCCCAUUUUCUUAGAUCAGGUUUCUUGAAGAGAAAACCGGAGCUAGACUUUCCUUUUCUAUAAAAGGAAAGUUGUAGUUACUGCCC